GCUAUCCCAUUUCUAUCCUCAUCUUCUUCCUAAGCCCAAAUCCCUAAUCCUCUCUACUUCCGCCUGAACCCAACCCCGCUUUCAUCCAUUGAUUUCCUCUUCGCUAACCAUUCUUCCAUCAAAGCCCUCAAAUCUUCACACUAAUCUUCAGCUCCAUCAAAUCUCUUACCUUUCUUCAGCAACCCCUUCUUCUCCUCAUCCCAGAUCUACUAGUUUGAUUGUCUUUGUUUUUUCAGUCGUUUUCUUACUGAAGUCCUUUCGAAUGACCUUACUAAGGUACUUUUAUCCUGAUGACCAAGCACUGGCCAUAGGAGUGAUCUUGCCUACCGUCGUGGAAGGACUUGACGAUGACGACCUAGCAACUGGCACAAUGACCUUAAAGGACAAUGGCAACCUUGAAUGAUGAUGGCUACCUUAAAGGACAAUGGGUUGGGUUUGGCUUCAGGAAUUUCACCAUUGCUCACUCAGUUUCCACCACCCAAAUCCUAAUGGUUGCCUUUUUGUUGCCUUUUUUUUUUUUCCUGUGUAAAUCAAGAAAUGGUUGAUAAGAAAAAACUCGAGUUCUUUAAAUUUAGUACAAAUCUAUUGGUUGGAUUUGUUUUUUCUUUUUCUUUUUUUUUUGUUUCUUGAGUUUUUUUGUGCCUUUCCUUUUCUAUUUCUCUGAAUUUCUUCAUUUGUUGUCUUACUCCGACAUGAGUUUCUUUGGUUGUUCCUUUUUCUAUUGUUCUUUUUUGCUUCACCAUUCUUGGCUUGGGUAUUGGAUAUUUGGAUCUAGGAUUUUUUGUGUCGUUGAUUUUGGAUUUCAUGGUUAACCAGCUGUCGAAAUUGGUAGAGGGGAGGGAAUAUUGGUCAAGAUUAUGGGAACAAAUUUGACCUGGAAUU